AUGGCGAAAAAAUCUAAAGAUACUCCAUCCAGAGCAAAAGCUCCGCAGAAGCCAACGAAUGUUACUGUAGACAAGACCGUGUCGGUUACCGAGACCCACAACGCCAACACAGUCUCAAGCCCGACUUACGAGUCCAUCGGCGUUGAUAAGGCGUCCGCUAAGGUUCAUAGCGAGGCAAUUCCAUCGAGCUCUAACGAGGAGUCAUCCAGUGCCGAACUUGCGGAAGAAAAUCAUCGCUUUUCUGAUGCAUAUUCGAACAUGAGUCGUCAGACUCCCAGUUGCGAAAUGUGUACCGACAAAUCGAGAGUUUGUGGAUUCUGUUCCCGUGAUGGCCAGAAUUACGACACUUGGUCCGAUAAUACCGGUGGACAUGAAUACACAACCGACAUGAACAAGCCUGAGGACAGGAUACAAUUACAGACUUGGACGUAUGAGACUUCUCAGGUAACGAUCGCUGAAAGAUUAGAACAGAGAAAGUGGUACAGUCCAGACCAGAAUUUCUGA